CAUAUGAGUUAGACUGACGCUAAUCACAAAACAUUUUAAAUAAAGCGUGACGCACUAACUGCAAAGUUCUCACAAUUCAAGAGUUAUUUUUUCAGUCUUAAGUAUAUAAACCACCUACAGUGGAAAUUUCUUCUUCUGUGGCCAGCAUGCAGGAUUUUUAAUCUUUAGUCAAUUUACAGCUAUGUAGUGGUAAAAAAACAGCAGUUAUUCUCUUUACGGAGAAUAAUUGCUUCCUUUGGCUUCCCUUUUUUAAUAGUUUUAUGUUUAAAGUGACCUUGAGUUCCUUGAAAGAUAUCAUAUAAAGCUAAGCUAUUAUUAUUAUUACUAUUAUUAUUAUCAGUAUUAUAAUAUUGUGUAAACAAGCUGCUGAUACUGCCUGCUGACUGAUGCACACAAAUCCUAUGCCAACUCAGGUUCUGUUAGAAAUCAUGAAAUAAUCAACUUUAGCGAGAUAUUCUCCUUUAACAUUGCUUUUCAUAGAUUUAUUGAUUGAUUGAUUUGUUCUAUUUUUUUUUUGCAUGCAGCUGUGAAAAUGUGUUAAAGCCACAUCACUGAAGAAGCUACAACAGUCAGUGUGCUGCUGUAACAGAUUGUUUAUUAGAUUAAAUUUACCAAAAUUUCUAUCAAAAGAGGAAAGGUAGAGGGAAGAGAUGACAAAACCACUGCUGGGGAAGCCUACCACAAACUGAUGCAGCGCACUGAUUCUAAUGCACCUGUGUGAAAUGUAAUAAACCAAAAGUGCUGUGAAGUUAAAAGGGCAUACAAGAAAGAAAUCUGUCGCCACAAACCAUAACAGGAGCAAAUGUGGGUCACCCUCCCCUCAAUACAUGGAAUGACCACAAGCAUGAAAAUCAUCAACAACUAGAAGCAAAGAGAUCUUUAAAAAUGCUGCAAGUAUGUAAAACUUAUUUAUAUAUGUAACCAGUCACGAAGUAAUUUCAUAUUAUUUCAUAAUGAAGCAGUUAAAGACUAAAGAGCAUUAGAUCGAUUGGUAAAAUAAUCCCCAAAUUAACAGCAAUUAACAGAAUUAGUUCCGAGUGCGCACAGAGGAGAUUUGAGUUCGCCGUGUAGUGUUUUUCCCCCAAUCCUCUGAACAACCUUGCUUCAAUUCAUUGAGAUAUUCAGGAGUUUGUUCAUGCACAGCUCUCUUAAGGGCCAGCCACAGCAUUUCAAUCAGCCUAAAGUCUGGACUUUGGCUCAUUGCACCAUGUUGAUCCUCUUCUUUUUCAGCCAUUCUUUUGUGUCACUGUCAUCAAUGAACAAACUAGGCCAGGCUUAAGCUGUCAGACAGGUGGCAUUUGACAUUUGAUUCUAGAGUAUUUUGGUAUACACAAGAGAGCAUGGUUGACUUAAUGAUUGCAAGGUGCACAGAUCCUGUGGCUGCAAAAAACCCCUAUAUCCUCGCCUUUCCUCACCUUCGUGUUUGACACUUGGUAUGUGGUUUUUGUACUGACAUGCUGUGCUUGGUUUUCACUGAAGGUAGACAAUGUUUGGCUUCAUGGCCAAUCAUCUCCACUUUGGAUAUCUACUUUAUCAGAUUAUUCAUGUGAUGUUAAUUUCUACUUCUGCACCAGACACAAAAAAUGUGCCUUAUACUUUAUCCCAUUUGUUUGAACACUUUUGUUACUUAUAUUUUUGCAGAUCCACUGAUAUACAAAGAAGUUGCCUAAUAAAUGUAAUUCAAAAAUAUGAUCUAUAUGCAGACUUCACGUCAAGAAUUGGCCCAAUAAAGCCCCUGUGCCCCCCUCAGCUGAAUUCUAUGGAUAUAUGUCAACUAUAAGUUACACUGAUUUAUACAGAUAAAUGAACUUGCAAAUAAGCUUGCAAGCUGGGUUUAAUUAUUAGGUUAACAGCAGUAUAGAAUCAUUAACAUUUGGUUAACCACAAAUACUUCUGCUGCAAUCGAGGUAAGCAGCAUGCCUGUGAGGGACAGCGGUGAGAGGUAACCCUCAUUUAUAUUUGAAACUAAAAUCAGGUCACCCAUCAGACAAUUUUAAAGCACAACCCUACUCAAAAACUUCAAAACAAAUAGAACUGUGUUGAAAAUAAUUGCGUGCUCACAGUCAGCUGUCCCACUGUGUGUGGCGGUGCGUUUGCUUUCAAACACAUGUAUUUUUCCACUUUUGUAUCUGUGGCUACAUUCCUCUAUGACAUUAUUAUGGAGUGGUUGCAAUUGUGCAUGUGUGAGUGCAAUCACAUUUUGUAUUCUAAUUCAUGUAAUAGCAAAGUGACUUGAGCCAAAUUCCCCCCAUCAAAGCUGUUUGCCCAUCCAGUUCACACGGCCUGGUGCUGAGCCUGUCCCUGUGUGCAUAUACUUAUACGCACAUUUAAUUUGCCCAGAUUUAACUCCGUUUAAGAUCUAAUAUUUGAGUUAUGUAUCAAAAUUGCAUAGAACAUUUACAUGCAAUUAAAUGAUUAAACGAAUUUACAUCCUUUUACCAUAUAAGUAGGGCUGAUUUUUGCUAACGAGUGAAAACUAGAGAUUUAUUUCACUCCUUUACAGUAGAGUUAAAAUACAGUAUCCCCACCCCUGCCACUUUAAGGAGGUAGGACGGAUUUUCAGUUCUUUGGCUUCUUUCUUUCUUUUUUAAAGCAGCUGAUCAUGGACGAGACCACUGAAACUGACAUUACUUUCAGUCUGAAUCUUACUGAAUCUUCACUUUUCCAAGGCUUCAUCACACCACUUGCUACUCAAAGUAGUAGUGAAUAUACUCCUGACUAUACUACUGAAAAUACUACUGAUUAUUAUGAUUAUUUUGAUUUGACGGGCUAUGAACCAUGUGUAUAUAAGCGACACGGAGCAACUUUUCUUCCUGCCAUCUACAUCAUUUUCUUCCUGCUGGGCCUUCUGGGUAACUCUCUGGUCUUCUGGGUCAUUACUUGUGGAGCACGACUCCGCACCAUGACCGACGUGUGCUUGUUAAACUUGGCCAUCGCUGACCUCCUUUUGGUGUGUUCCCUGCCCUUCCUAGCCCACCAAGCCAAGGACGAGUGGGUGUUUGGGGAUGCUAUGUGCAAAAUAGUCUUGGGCAUUUAUCAUAUCGUCUUUUACUGUGGGAUCUUUUUUAUCAGUCUAAUGAGCAUUGAUCGGUACUUGGCUAUAGUGCAUGCUGUUUGUGCUAUGAAAGCACGUACACGCUCCUUUGGAAUGAUUGCAGCUGCUAUUACAUGGGGAGCGGGAUUUCUGGCUUCCUUUCCUGACCUGAUCUUCCUCAAAGAGCAAAGAAAUGUGUCGGGACAGUACACUUGCUAUCCUGGUUUUCCAAAAGAGGAUUCCACUCCUCACUUCUGGAAGCUCGUUAGCAUCUUUAAAAUGAACAUUAUAGGUCUGCUCAUCCCGAUCAUCAUUCUGGUUUUCUGCUACUCACAGAUCAUCUGGAGGUUACAGAACAGCCAGUCAUCCAAGAAACUAGCUAUCCGCCUUGUUGUCAUAGUGGUAGCUAUUUUCUUCUGUUGCUGGAUUCCCUACAACGUUACAUCAUUUUUCCAUGCACUGGAGCUACAUGGGUGGAAUUUUGGAUGUGCGGGCAGCCAAGCCAUCAGACUGUCUUUACAAAUCACAGAGGCCAUUGCUUACUCUCACAGUUGCCUCAACCCCAUCCUGUAUGUGUUUGUCGGGGAGAAGUUCAGGAGGCACCUGUUGCGGAUGAUAAACAGAUCUCCCUGCAGACUGUGCCAGCUGGUCAAGGUCUUCAUACCACAGGACAGAAUUUCCGCAUCAGUCUACUCACAAACUACCAGCGUGGAUGAGAGGAGCACUGCUAUGUAGUGAACUGGGACAGUUGGGGGAUGUGCUUCUUUUUAUUUUUUCAUGUCCAGUAAAAAUAGAUCACUGUGGCUUAUUGUCACUUCUAGAGUGUUAAGGUUUGGCACUUGUGAAUGUAUGCAUGUGACUGUAUAUUAAUAUAAUGUACCACAGAUAUGUAUUUUUUACUCUGUUUUUGUACUUCUAUGAGUUAUGACCAAAAUGUAUGCAAUUCCAUUAUAAAUCUGAUUUUGAAUACUUUGUUGUAUCUUCACCUGGGACAAUGAGUCACAGUUAGACUUGUUGCAGUUUGUUUUGCCGCUGGCUCUUUACUUAGCACGAAACUGUGUCAACUACAACAUCUGUCAGCAGCUGCGGCAACGUCAUCCAGUUUAAGUGGGGAAACGCACCACCAUGAAAAGUUACAUGUCAUAGUAGCCUACAUUUUUAUCCAAACACGAUGACCCCCCUCACAGAUGUACCCGUUGCAUCAGUCUGCACACAGGAAAUCGUGUUCAGUGCAACUUUGCAGAUUCAGCAGUGUAGGUUGCCUAGCAUCAUUAGCAGAAGAUUUGCACUUUACCCAACACAGAGAAAACCACAACCUGAAAGAGGAAGCAUGUAACCAAGCUGUUAGUUUAACCUUUGCAGUCUUUGUGCACAUCCGAGGCGUUUGUUGUCAAGUGACUUCAUAGUUCUCGUGAUAUUAAUCAGGAUUACAAGAAAGAAGUCCCUUUUUACAAGAGUUUAUUGAUGGGCAUGCAGACGGUUCCUCUUUCAGCUUCUUUGCUUCAAUGCCGGGAGGGAUGACAAAUUACAGGAAAAAUCACAAAAACUCCAGGCUGCAUUUUACUGACAUAGUUUGGAUCCCCUUAGAGAAGGGUAGCUCUGAAUCAUUACAAAGUUUUUCUCAUAUGAAUUGAUAUUAUUAUAUUAUUACCCCCCCCCCACCCCCACCCACACACCCACCACCCCACACACCCACCCUCACCCACCUUUCCAGGAAAACAGCUAUAAUGAGUCACUGAAUUGUCUGAUAAAACUUGGUUCUAUCUUUUCACCUAUAAUUCCGCUGAUGUUUUUUUUUUCCUCUUUGCUUCAGUUUCCAGUUUUUUAAGGUUUUUGUAACAUAAACGUUUCUGGUUUCUGUCAAAUGGGUGCAGUCGUUGGGGCCACAAGAAUUACGAUUCGGUUUUGGGGGUAAUUUAAAUGUUUGAUCAGUUUUUUUGUUGUAUUUUCUCAUGUCUGUUUAAAAAAGGUGUUUGUAAUCAGCUGACAAUACAGAAUAAAGGUGUUAUAUUUCUAUGGUAAA